GUCUGUUCUACGCACCUUAUAAAACCUCGGUGAAACCCCGAAGUUAAGUAAUUUGUCCUUGCUGAGACAAUGAGUACGUCACUAGUGAACUUGGUAUUCUGUUUGACUCUUGGUUUUAUGCUAUGCCAAAUACAAGCCUUAACUGUAGAGGAAGACGACACAAUCACCUUCAGCCAGCUCCACAGAAUGUACGGUGCUAGGACUCCUAGUGACUGGCGCGCUAAGUGGACAAGCGAAACAAUUCACGCGUGCAAAGAAAAUCUGUUACUUAUCAAAGAGUACGCCUGUUUCGUGGACAUACAUAAAUCAGCAGGCCGGAAAAGGACUGAGGAUGCUUUCGUUGACUCAUCACUGGCGCAUGAUUUUCUGAGAGGGCUUAUGGAAAAACGAACCUUAAAACGAUACAAAAGAGCAUCUGCUACCAGCGAGUGUUGCGCCGGCGACAGUAGUUGUGUUUGGGAAGAAUUGGCAGAGUACUGCACUCACCAACGGGAAGUCAGAGCGAUGGACGAAUAG